AUGCAAUCCGCUCUGCGAACUAUGCUCCGCGCCAAAGUGCCAAUGAGGCCUUACAGGCCGAGUGCGUUGCCCACCUCUCAAGCUUUCCGUGCCGGAGUGAUGCAUUCCCGAAAUCUCCACAUUAAAAAGUAUACUGAGGAACAUGAAGUCGUGAACUAUGAUGACGCGACAGGUGUUGGCAUUGUGUCCAUCACGGACCACGCUCAAUCGGUUCUAGGGGAUGUUGUGUUCGUUGAAUUGCCUCCUGUUGGCACUUCAUUUUCUCAAGGAGACCAGCUUGGAGCCGUUGAAAGCGUAAAAGCCGCUUCAGAUAUCUACGCUCCCGUUUCCGGGACCGUCGAGGAAAUCAAUGAAGAACUCUCUGGCCAACCGGGACUCCUUAACAAGUCACCUGAAGAUAAAGGAUGGCUCGUCAAAAUGAAACUCUCCGACCCAUCUGAGCUGGACAAGCUGAUGACCUUCGAAGAAUACAAGUCGACCUACGAGGAUUGA